AUGAGGGAGACUGUAGAAGCUGAGGGCUCUGAAUUGAUUCUUGAAUUCCUAAACGAAAUGCUAAACUUUGAAGAUGAGAUUGUUCAACAAAGUAAGGUUUUGGGUUCAGAUGAAGCACAACUUCAAGAGUUAAAGAAAGAAAAAUUUGGUUUAAAGCUUCGUAUUUAUCAUCUAGAGGAAGCUCUUCGUAAAAGAUAUGGAGAAUCAAACGAAGACUGGGAAAUGGAGGAAGAAGAGUUAAGAGCACAGCAGUUAGAAGAAGAGGUCAAUGAGUUAAUGAGACAGUUAAAUGAAACUUCCACUCAAAAGUUAAAGAUAUUAGAAGAAGAGUUAGCUCAAACAAUAUCUGAAUUGGAAAAUGCACAAAAAACUAAUGAACUUAAAGAUCGUAAAAUUCAAGAACUUGAAUUAGAAAUUCUGCGAGCUACAAACAAAAUGGCUGCCAUGGCAACAGAACAUGCUCAACAAAUGCAGACUCUUACAGAUGAAAUCAACAAACUUAAAGCUACUCUAGAAGAGAAAGAUGAACUGCUGAGACAAAGAGACAGAGAGAUACUUGAACUCAAUCGUCAGUUAAGAGAACUACAACGUCAGUUAAGAGAAGUAACAGAUACAGCUGAACAACUUAGGAACAGAUUAGCAGCCAAAGAAGAAGAAUGUCUUGAAAAAGAACGAGAGAUGGAAUUGGCUGAUUUAAAAGCACAGCUCUCUCAAUUGAGAGCAGAACUAGCAGAAAAAGAUACAGCUUUGUCAGCUGCUAGGACUGCAGCUCACAGUACUAACAUUAAUGCACAAGAGGACACAGAGGAGAGAUUAUUACAAGCUACAACAGCUCAUGCAGCAGAAAAGGCUAAAUUACAAGCUCGUCUCAAAGCACAAGAACAUGCUCUACAAACAAAAGAUUCUGAGAUAGCUAGUUUAAGACAAGCUGUACUUACUAAAGAUAAAAUCAUAUUGAUUGAUCAUAUUAUCAUCUCUCAGAAUUAUAUCAGGACACUAGAGGAGGCUGCUGCACAUAACACAAGUGCUUAUGAUGAAGCCAAACGUGUUAUGGAACAAUUGAAAGAACAGGUACUGAGACUAGAAGCUCAAAUUAGAGAACUCAGUCGCUCUCCUGGUAAAGUCUCUGUGAGUGUAGAAACUACGCCCACUAAAGGAGCUACUCCAACUGGAGCAGAUGCCUCUCCGUUGGAUGAAUUGGCAAAACUUCAGAAACAAUUUCAAUCAUUAACUCGUAAACAUGGAGGAGACAAAGAAGAUUUGAACUCAACUCUUCAAUUGCUAGACAAUUUACAAAAAGAGAAUGAACGUCUCCUUCAUGAAUUAGAGAUAGAAAGAGAAAGAGUUAAAGUCGAAGGAGACAAUCAAUUACUAGUUUUAAAAGAACAGCUUGCUCAUGCAAGGAGAAAGAUCAGUGAGUUAGAAAGACAAUGUGCUGAUAGGAGACGUUUGCAAGAGGAAUUGGAUCGAUUGAGAUCUGAAAUAGCUCGACUUCAAGCUCAACUAGAGGUUGAAGAAGAUGCUAACAGAAGACUAAGAAUUGAGACCACAGAGUUACGUCUAGCUAACUUGAGGAGAUCUACAGCGAAUGAUAUGGGCUCAACAACUUCUUUACCUAACCUUCAUGGUACUGAUGGUGAUAACUGGAUGGCUACAGCCUCUAGUUUCACACUUGGGGACCGACCUGAUCUGAGCGAGUUGAUUCAAAAACAUCGUGAAGUGACUCGCUUGAAUCAGGAACUCCAACGUAAGUGUGAAGAGAGACUCCAUGUUUCUCCUCGCAGUAGUAGACCUGCUAGUGCUAGUCAUAGUGUGAGUUAUUGGCAAAUACGUCUGAAAGAACAGGAACAAAAUUUGAAACAAGAAAUGAAAGAGAAAGAACGCAUUCUAAAUACUCGGCUGCGACAACUUGAAGAUGAACUUCGAAUCAGUGAAGAGAGGAAAGGAGCCUUGCAACAUGAGUUAACUACUGCUUUCACUGCCUGUAAGAACAAAGAGAAAGAACUUGCAAGGUAA